AUGCAUGCCAGUCUUAUGCAUUGCAGGACGAGCGCUGCACAUGUGCAGCUAGAGAUUCUCAAGAUAGCAGAGAAAGCCGGCGAGAUGGCUGGGUGGCUGCGCGGCACCCAUUGCGGACAAAGCACCACGGCACGAGCUGUCAUCGACGUUGUGUCUCGUCAGAUGGCUGCGACAGGCCUAACCAGUGGUGCGGGCUACGCGCUGCAAGGAUGCGGAGGUUCAGACAAGCCCCCCCCGCAAUGGACAAAUUGCUUGCAUGGAAGCGAGUGGAGGGCCGCAGAGAGGAUCCAUGGAUUGAGCGCUGAGAUCGCAUCACCGUCACAUCCGUACUUCAGUGCCAACGUGGACAGCAUUGGAGCGAGCUUUGAAAAGGCCAGGGCGGUUGCAAUUGCACUCGAAGUUUUGCAGAGUGGCAGUCGCAGUCGCAGUCGGGAACUGUGCGCCAAAUGGCAUCUGGCUUGA